CGGCCAGAGAGACCUAUAAGGACCGUAAGGACCUGCCUCCCUACUCCCAAGGCACAAGGACGCGCUGCGUGAAUUGGGAAGGCACCUUGGGCUGACCAGCGGCUGCUCUGAGUGGGAGGUGAGUGGUGCUGGCCUGAGCCUCCUUGUGGCUGAGAAGCACCAUGGCCAGCAUCGUAUGGGCCUCCCUGGCUGCUCUCCUGCUGCUGCCUCUGAUGGCCGCCAUGCACUCUGACUGCAUGUUCAAGCAGGAGCAGGUCCUGUGCCUGGAGAAGAUCCGGAAGGCCAACGAGCUGAUGGGCUUGAACGCCUCCUCCCAUGGCUGCCCUGGGAUGUGGGACAACAUCACGUGCUGGAAGCCCGCCCGCGUGGGCGAGAUAGUCCUGGUCAGCUGCCCCAAGUUCUUCCAAAUCUUCGAUCCAGACCAAGUCUGGGAGACAGAAACCAUCGGAGAGCUUGGUUUUGAAGACCUUAAGUCCUUGGACCUCUCAGGCAUGAGGGUGGUGAGCCGGAACUGCACGAAGGACGGCUGGUCGGAGACCUUCCCUCACUAUUUAGAUGCUUGUGGGUUUGAUGAAUAUAAUGAAUCUGAGUCUGGGGACCAGAGUUACUACUACAUGUCGGUGAAGGCCCUGUACACAGUUGGCUACAGCACGUCCCUCGUCUCCCUCACCACUGCCAUGGUCAUCUUGUGUCGCUUCCGGAAGCUGCAUUGCACCCGCAACUUCAUCCACAUGAACCUGUUCGCGUCCUUCAUGCUGAGGGCCAUCUCUGUCUUCAUCAAGGACUGGAUCCUGUAUGAGGAGCAGGACAACAACCACUGCUACAUCUCCACUGUGGAGUGCAAGGCCAUAAUGGUUUUCUUCCACUACUGCGUCGUGUCCAACUACUUCUGGCUGUUCAUCGAGGGCCUGUACCUCUUCACCCUGCUGGUGGAGACCUUCUUCCCCGAGAGGAGAUACUUCUACUGGUACACCAUGGUUGGCUGGGGGUCCCCAACCAUCUGUGUGUCGGUGUGGGCUGCGCUGAGGCUCUACUUUGACAACACAGGCUGCUGGGAUAUGAAUGACAGCACUCCUCUGUGGUGGGUGAUCAAAGGCCCCGUGGUUGGUUCCAUAAUGGUGAACUUUGGGCUCUUCGUGGGCAUCAUCUUCAUCCUCGUGCAGAAACUUCAGUCUCCGGACAUGGGAGGCAACGAGUCCAGCGUCUACUUAACAAAUAUAAGCCUGGGAGUCCCCAAGAAAGCCCGAGAGGACCCCCUGCCUGUGCCCUCAGACCAGCAUUCACCCCCUUUCCUCUGCGUGCAGAAAUGCUACUGCAGGCCAGAGCGGGCUCAGCAGCACUCUUGCAAGAUGUCAGAACUGUCCACCAUUACUCUGCGGCUGGCGCGGUCCACCCUGCUGCUCAUCCCGCUGUUUGGGAUCCACUACACGAUCUUCGCCUUCUCUCCCGAGUAUGUCAGCAAGAGGGAGAGGCUGGUGUUCGAGCUGGGCCUGGGCUCCUUCCAGGGCUUCGUGGUGGCUGUUCUCUACUGCUUUCUGAACGGGGAGGUGCAGGCGGAGAUCAAGCGUAAGUGGCGGAGCUGGAAGGUGAACCGCUACUUCGCCGUGGACUUCAAGCACCGGCACCCAUCCCUGGCCAGCAGCGGGGUGAACGGGGGCACCCAGCUCUCCAUCCUGAGCAAGAGCAGCUCCCAGAUCCGCAUGUCCGGCCUCCCGGCCGACAAUCUGGCCACCUGAGCCCCCUCCGCCCUCCUCUCCUCACGCCAGGCUGGGCUGCCGGUGGGCGCCGGCCACGCAUGUUGCCUCUUUUCUCCCUUCGGGCAGGCCCUGGGCCAGAAGCCGGGCUCCCCGAGGGGGGAGGAGGAUGCAGGUGCAGAGGGUAUUUCGCCCCCCUUCUAAUUUGGCGCUGGCCCCACCCACCACGGACCCCUGGGCCCUGACCCCACACGUGUAAAUACUCAUCAGAUGUGGGAAAGUUGUACCAUCCCGGUCCCUUCGUCCAGUGGCCCUGCCCACCCCCAGCAGGUCCCAGCUCCACCGCCCCCGCCCCCCCAGCCUCAGCGAGCGCCUGACCUGGUCCUGAGGCCGACACCCUUGCUUUGGGGGUUCGGGUGGGGCCUGCCGGACAGCCUCUCAGAGUGUCUGACUUUCGAGGGGACUCCUUGCCAGCGGGGGGCCCUUCUCAGGCCUGCCCGUCACCGAGGCCAUCCAGGGUCCCACGUGGAUGCCGGAGCGGCCUUCAGCGCAGGCCAGAUGUGAGGCCCUCCUGCUCGCCCAACCUCUCGGUGUCCGGGUGCCCAGCUCCUGGGUUUCGGGCGGUGGGACCGCUCCAGGGCGCUUCCUUUCUGAGACUGCAGUCUGGGUGCGGGGCUAAAGGUUGGGGAAUGUUCUGGUGCUUUUCAUUUGGCCCGUGGAAGACGGCCAAGAGCUGGAAAUGUGCAUCUGAUGGGAAGGAGAUGGACGGGGAAGGACCCAUGGAAGCCUUCACCAUCUCUGUGAUUCACCCGGACGCAUGUGGGCAGGGAAUCGCCCGGUAGCCUCUCUUCUGCCCCCCCCCUGCCCCCUCCCCCCUGCCCCAGGCAUCAGCUGUGGAAGGAGAGAUGGAUGCCUGGGAAUAACUGCUCCCCAGCCACAUCCACCACAUAGAACCCCAAGUCCUCCCAGCUCCCUUCCCCUCAGUCAAAGCCAUGACUAGGAUGAAGCACCUUAGCCCUCCGUGGGCCCCCUUACUCCCCCCCCCCUUGCCCCUCGCCACCCCGAGGAGCCCCAGCCACUAGCUCCUGGGGCUGCGCCUCAGCUAGGAAGUCUCUCUGAGACCAGGGCGAAAACCCCUGUGUGCUCUUGAGUCAUAGGAAAGAUGCUGGGGUGUCCUCGAUGCUGAAGGGGAAGCCACACCCUCCAUGCCUCUUAGGAGAAGCUGCAGAUAGAAGGAGUUGGGUACCCCAGCCCAGUCCUGGCCCCCCACAGUGUGAGGAGGAAAUGGGUCAGACCCAGGUGUGGGGUGGGGUGGAGGAUAGCGUCGGAGCGCCAUGCAUGCCUCGAGUGUGGGGACACCGCGUGUGGGCCUGGCGUCGUGCCGUGUCAGCUCUGAUGUCCCGGCUGAGUGUCUGUGGACUGGCUUCGUGGUCGUGGCCUGGGAUGCUGGGGAGCUGGGGUGGACGGUGAAGCUGGCUUUGUCUGGUGUGAGAAGGAGGAAGGGGCCUGGCUUGUGAGCUGCUCGUUAUUGGAGAGGCCGUCGGAGCGACCGGGUAAGGCUGAGCUGUGUGGGUUAGAGAACAGGAGGCCCUGGGUCUUUGGCAAAAUCAGAGGGUGAGGAGCUGCCUCCGCUUCCUGGGCACAUUGGUGACGCGGGCUGGCCGUGGGGUGUGCCGCGGUCCUUCCGUCUGGCCUCUGACCUCGUGACCCCCCUCCCCUGCUCUGCGAGACAAGUGUGUUACCCAAAGGGGUGUCCACGGGCCACCUUGCACUCCGAGGGGCCUGAGCGGCUUGGAAGGGGCCACAGCCUGGGAUUCAGAGACAGGGGGCCUGCCCCUGUCAGGCUCAGACCACUGGGCCUGUGGACAGAGCGCUCCCUGUCUGGGCCUCAGUUUCCCCAUUUGGGAGGUGAGGGGACUAAUGCGUCUCCGGGCUCUGUGCUUCCGUAAUCCUCCAGUCCAGGUGGAAAGCGGGUAAAGGGCGUCACCCAAGGUCUGGAUGUGUACGUUUGAGUAGGUGUGUGGGCGGCGCUGCUUAUUCUUAGGAAUGGAACAGCGGCCUCUUCCACGUGGACACCACAGUGGAAGCUGGUGGGCUGGAGGGAAGGGUCGGGCAAGGGACAACUGGACCAGUGCCUUGGGCAUGGUGUGCAGACCCAGCCCUGACCUUGGCCGGGACAGUGGUCACCUCCAGAUCAUGGGAGGGGGUCCCCCGAGCAUGGCCCUUGUUCCUCACCCUGCCCCAUCAGUAGGCCUGUUUCACUGUGAGAGAGAGGCUGUGACUUUCUAUGGAGACCACAGAUCAGCAAAAACAAAACCAGCCCCGAAUUCCCCGUGCUGCCGCCUGAGCCCUGGGCCUGGGUCCUCGUGGGCCCCAGGUUCCCGCUGGUUUGUCACUUUGUUUUUCUCUCUGAACCAACGAUUGCCCGUCGUGUCAGCCGAGGUCCCUGCCGCAUUUGGGAUGUUCCAGGAGGCUAGGCAGCUGGCCUUCAGGGUCACAGGCAUGGGGGGCGAGAGCAUGAGGUCCGGGGACAGCCUCGCCCUCUGGUCCUUUGUUUUCAAAUCUGUAAAAUGGACAGUAAGACUAGCUGGUUUGUCCCGUCCAUUGCACCUCUGGAUUCUCCGUCUAAACACCAGUCAUCUGCUGGGAAUGGGCCCCGGCAAGGAUCUGUGUCUGCCUGGUGUGGGAAGGAUGAGAAGCCGCAUUGAGUGAGGAGGGGGAGGACGUGGGGAGUGGGGAGGCUGGGGAGGAGCCGAGUUCCGGACUCCGUGUUUCUACAAGGUCCUCGCCAGGAAGGGGGCGAUUCUUGCUCCAUGCAACCUGCAGGACAGAGCUCCCCAGGGGAGGCUGAGUCCUCCUGGGGGUGAGGCAGUGUCGGAAAGGCCCAGCCCUGGGGCAGCGGGACUCAGGCAGGGAGCCUGUGAGGGGUCAGAGUGUGAGAUUUGGGAGUUCAGAGGCUCUGGUGGCCCCCAGGACUGAGAGCUUCAUGACUGUCCCUAUGCCUGAGGCCAGGCCACAUCAUCCUCUGUCUAGUGGGCAGCUCUCUGACCCACCCAAGGGCCUGUCUUUCUCGGACCCCUCCCCUCCCUGAACUGGCUACUCUGGGGGCCUGACAUCCCAGGCCACCCCCCACCCAGGGUGCUCUCACCUCCUCCUGACCCUGUCCCUUCCGGAAGGAAAGCUGGGAGAGGCUUCCUGUCAUUCUGUGAGUCCCCUUGACCCCCUCAAGGCCACUCCAAAGUGAAAGCAGUGAGUGCUUUGUCACCAUAGAUUCCUACCUGAGCCUCGUGACCAGGGCACAGGGACCUGGGUUUCUCCCGGCUUUGCCGCCGGCCUGCUGUUUGGCCCUGACUCCUCUGUGCGUCUUCAGGGUGACUCACAAAGUACUAGAGCUGGGAGGUCCAACCUCCCUCUUGGGCUGAUGACAAAAUGCAGGUGGGCCUAGCCUGGCCCUGCACCCGCUGGGAUCCCGUGCAAAUAUGUGUGAGGACAGGGCCCUGCACGGGGCCCCCCAUGAGACCCUCAGGGAAGCAUCUGUUCAGAACACGUUCCGCCCGGCGCAGGGCAGGGCUCUGGCCACAGAAGCUGUUAGGACUCCGGAGUGCAGGAGGGGUGGCGGGGUCACCGUGAUGUGGGGGACCUGUGUGCCACCCCGGGCUGCCCCUCCUGGCUGAACCUCUCUGGGCCGCUGCUUCCCGACUUGGGAAGCGGGAGGACACGCUGUGCGUCUGUCCACGGGCCAGGGAAGGGGCGGCAGUGAGACCCCUGUGAGAAAGGGCUUUGGUGACCACACGGGGGUGGGAAUGGUUAUCGGGGGAAGACCCCCGAAAGGCUCCCUGUGCUCUUUGUCAACUGCCCCGAGCCCUCCUGGGGUAACCUUUGUCCCGCCUGUAGAAACCUACCAGCACCAGGGAGAGGCGAGGCCAGGCCCCGAUGGACACCAUGCCAGGGGUCUCUCCAUCAUGAGUCAGGUUGUUCUUGGGUUAGGACGUGGGUGCUGUCAGCGUCCCCUGCCACCCAUGGGAAUCCUCCAGAGAUCUGGGACGUCCCUCGAGUGGGCCGCGUGACCAUUCCCUCUCCUUCCCUGAACUCCAGUCCUGGGGUGUGUGUGCUUGGCCACAUGUGUCUUGUGCUGUGUCCGUCUUCCGUCGCUUUGCCCCUGUGAGGACCAGCGUGGGACCACCCUGGCAUCCCAGACGCGGCUCCAGGACCCCCUGUGGGAGCCGGGUCAGCCUGGGCUCCAUCUCGCUCGGUAAAGACCAGCCACACAGACCCGCUCCCGCUGCCACUAUUAAUGCUGUGCUCACACCUCGUCCGGGAUGUUGAGGAUGUCAAACUGCUGUAGACGACUCAAUAAAUGUCUUCUCAUUUU